AUGUCAUCUGAACAAGCUAGCUCCAACCCCGACCUCAAUCAAGAGACCAACUCCCCAGCUGGCUCUCAAUCCCCUCAACAACAGCAGCAGAAGAAGCCACCCAAGCUUAACAGGAAGAAGCCUGCCGCUGAGGAGCCACCUCAGAAAGAAGAAGAAAAGCCUUCGGAACAAGAUCAGCCGGAAGAAGAACCCAAACAAGAAGAAGAGGAAGAACAAUCCGAGACUAUAAAACAAGAACCUGACGGCGACGACGACGAAGAAGAACAAAAACCAGAGCCCGAGGCGGAGCCAGAGCCGGAACCAGAACCAGAACCACAGCCCCGACGACGAAACCGACAGAGUCGUCCAAAUAGAAGAGUACGGAGACAACAAGAUCCUGAAGACACCGAGGAAAUCGACCGUAGCGACAUGGAACCACAGCAACAACGAGGCGGCCGUCGCAACCGUGCCCGCAGUGGCGGUAGCCGACAGCAGCAGCAAGGAGGCGGAGGUCAACUAGGUCCUCUCGGAGGCGUAGGCGAUGUCGGUAACACCGUCAACGGAGCAACAGACAUGGUUCAAAACACAGCUGGAAAAGCCGUCAAUGGCGUUACCGACUCAGCCGGUAAAGCUGUCGGUGGAGUGCUCGGUGGUGGACAAAAGGAUGAUGAUGGCGGCAAGGAUGAGCAGCUCCGACUGCGGCUGGAUCUGAAUCUGGAUAUUGAAGUUCAACUCAAGGCUAAGAUUCAUGGUGAUCUAACUUUGGGGUUGUUGUAA